ACAUCCCUUACUUUCUGCCCUCCAGCUCUCAUUUAUACUUCCUUUUCUAGCAAUUGACAAGAGAGCCAAAACUUUGAAAUAUUCACUUUCUUCAUUUCUUUUAUACUCCCCAUCCUUGUCCUCUCCCUCCUCUUAUGACCCAUUCAAAACAACUCUCUUUCACUAUCUCUUACCAUCCAACAAACAUUACUAAACCUCCUCUCACAAUCCAACACUCCCAAUUCCCCAAAUGACUCAGUCAAAUCUACACAAGCAUCUUCUUUUAACUACUCACCAUACCUCACAUUUCUUCUUCUAAACUCUUUUCACUUCUCCCCUACUCAAUUCUCAAAACCAACAUAAAUUUCUAAAAGAUGAGGAAAAAUGACACAAGAAGCUCAAGGUUUCUGCUCAUACUUCUCCAUGUUUGGUUCAUUGUGAUGAUCAGUGCUGAAGCUUCAAGAACAAACAGCAACAUAUUCAAUCCUAAGGCAAGACCCAACUCAGGCCACUUCUUAAACAACAUGCCAAGAAGAAUGCCCAUCCCAUUCUCAGGUCCUUCAAGAAGACACAAUGACAUUGGCCUUGAAAGCUGGAAUUCUCCAUGACCAUUUCAAGAGCUUCCUUCACAAACUACUUGCUACCAAAAGUUGGCAUGUAUUAUAUAGUGUUAAUUAAUUAUUUAUUUAUGGUAUGUUUUUUUAGUUCUUGUAACUUCUUAUAGAUUAUCCAUCAACUACAAUGAAGAGUGUAUAAAUGGAUUUUGGUGUCAUUUACAUUUUUGGUGCUUCUUGAAAUAUUGUUAUUAACAAGGUUUUUGCAGAGGUCCUUAACUUUUAAGGUUUGUGUUAAUUACUCUAUAAUGAUGGAGAGUGAUUAGUGAAAAAGUUGUUAAGUCUUUUUUGGUGUGCCUCUGCUGUAAUCAAUUCAUGACCAGUAGUUCUAAUCUCUGUUUCCUCUGCU